CCGCCUUCCCCACCCUGACGCCACCCUGUCCCCCCGCCAUCCCGCAGGAGAACCCCUACGUGAUGCGGGUGGGGGGCGCGGGCGGCCCCGAGCGCUACGAGGGCUUCUGCGUGGACAUGCUGCAGGAGCUGGCGGGGCUCCUCAAGUUCCGCUUCCACAUCAAGCUGGUGGAGGACGGGCUCUACGGGGCGCCCGAGCCCAACGGCUCCUGGACCGGCAUGGUGGGCGAGCUCAUCAACCGGGUACGCGGGGCAGCCUGCGGGGACUUGGGGGGGUGGGCCUUCACCCUCAUCAUCAUCUCCUCCUACACGGCCAACCUGGCGGCCUUCCUCACUGUGCAGCGGAUGGAGGUGCCCAUCGAGUCGGCCGAUGACUUGGCUGACCAGACCAACAUCGAGUACGGCACCAUCCACGCCGGCUCCACCAUGACCUUCUUCCAGAACUCGCGGUACCAGACCUACCAGCGGAUGUGGAACUACAUGCAGUCGAAGCAGCCCAGCGUCUUCGUCAAGAGCACGGAGGAAGGCAUCGCCCGGGUCUUGAACUCCAAGUACGCCUUCCUGCUGGAGUCCACCAUGAACGA